UGUCAGUUGAUCAGUGUCAGUGUGUGACUCCAUUUUAAGCAGAGAGACCCACCUUGUCUUCUGUCUUCGUUUAUCCUGGAAAUUCAUCACACAUAACCUCAACCAUCAAUUCUGCUAGUGAACGCUUGCAGUUUAUUUUUUCAACAAAUUAUUUAAUUUAAUAAAUAAAUCAUUAAAAAUGGCAAUGUCUGUACCAAGACCACCUGGAUAUCAAUCCAUGAUGAAAGAAGGUUCACGACACUUUUCUGGACUUGAAGAAGCUGUAUACAGAAAUAUUGCAGCAUGCAAACAAUUUGCACAGACCCUUCGUACAGCCUAUGGUCCAAAUGGCAUGAAUAAAAUGGUGAUAAAUCAUUUGGAAAAAUUAUUUGUAACAAGUGAUGCUGGUACAAUUAUCAGAGAGCUUGAUGUUGAACAUCCAGCAGCAAAAUUAAUGGUCAUGGGUUCACAAAUGCAAGAAGCUGAAGUUGGUGAUGGAACUAAUUUUGUCAUAAUGUUUGCUGGUGCACUUCUUGAAGGUGCUGAUGAUCUUUUACGUCUUGGUAUCACAACAGCUGAAAUUGUCAUUGGUUUUGAGUUAGCAUUAGAAAAAGCAUUGGAAAUUUUACCAACACUUACUGUUCAUGAAAUAAAAGAUGUUAGAGAUAUUGAUCAAGUUAAAAAAUGCAUUAAAUCAUCAGUCAUGAGUAAACAAUAUGGCAAUGAAGAUCUCUUGACAUCAUUGAUCAGUGAGGCUUGUGUUUCAAUUUUACCAGAAAACACAACAUUCAAUGUUGAUAAUAUUCGUAUUUGCAAAAUUCUUGGAUCUGGUAUUCACUCAUCACAAGUUAUCAAGGGUAUGGUAUUCAAACGUUUUGUUGAGGGUGAUGUUACUAAACAAUUAAAAGCUAAAGUUGUUGUAUACACAUGCCCAAUUGAUGUAACACCAACUGAAACAAAAGGUACUGUACUUAUUAAAAGUGCAACUGAGCUACUUAAUUUUUCACGUGGUGAAGAAUCAUUAUUAGAAGCACAAAUUAAAUCAAUUGCUGAUACUGGUGCUACUGUUGUUGUUUCUGGUGCUAAAUUUGGUGAUAUGGCAUUACAUUUCAUGAAUAAAUACAAUCUUAUGGCUGUAAGAUUACCAAGUAAAUUUGAUGUUAGACGUUUAUGUAAAACAGUUGGUGCAACAGCUCUAUCAAAGCUUAUACCACCAACACAAGAAGAACUUGGUUAUGCUGAUUCAGUUCAUACUGAUGAACUUGGUGAUACAUCAAUUGUUGUAUUUGAAUUGUUUGGAAAUGACAGUCGUAUUAGUACAAUUGUUGUACGUGGUUCAACUGAUAAUUAUAUGGAUGAUGUUGAACGUUGUAUUGAUGAUGGAAUUAAUACAUUUAAAACAAUCACAAGAGAUGGUAAAUUUUUACCAGGUGCUGGUGCAACUGAAAUUGAAUUAGCUGCACAAAUUGGAGCAUUUGGUGAUACAUUACCAGGACUUGAUCAAUAUGCUGUACGUAAAUUUGCAGCUGCAUUGGAAGUAUUUCCAAAAACACUUGCUGAAAAUAGUGGCAAUCGUGCAUCUGAAACUGUAUCAAAAUUAUAUGCUGCACAUAAAGAAGGAAAAACAACAUAUGGCUUUGAUAUUGAAGGUACUGGUGCUGCUCUUGUUGAUACUGUUGAAGCUGGUAUUCUUGAUGGCUAUGUGACAAAACAAUGGGCUAUGAAAUAUGCUGUUAAUGCAGCAUGUACUAUUCUCAAAGUUGAUCAAAUUAUUAUGGCUAAACGUGCUGGUGGACCAAAAGCACCUGCAGCACGUGGAAAUGACGAUGAUGAUUAAAUUAUUUUUAGUUUAUAUAAUAUUUUUAAUGAUAAUGUCACAAUAUUAAUUAACCCAACAAAAUUUCAUCAUAAGUUUUGUUUUUUUUUUCUUUUUUUUUUUUUUUUUCAUUUGUUAACAAUUUUCCUAUUUAACACAAAGAUUUUUGAUAUUUUUAGCAUAAUGAUAAUUAAUUUGUGUAAAAAAAAAAAAAAACUUUCAACUAGGAAAAUAAAUUUUUAUGAAAAAAUUGAAUAAACAUUACAAUUUUUUUUUUUUAUUUAAAAAGAGCACGAAAAAAAAAUUAUACAAUUUUGAUUUUUAUUAAUAAUUUCUAUUUAAAUCUAAAAUAUGAUAAAUAUUUAUCGUCUAUUUGGA